CUGGCAUUUAAAUUUAUUGUUAAUGGUAAAGAACACAAACAAAUAACUUGUGAAAUAUACAUAAUCAUGGAGGUUUCCAGGCUGGAAAACAGCUCGCUUACAGAGGAAUAUGUCUUAAAAUUGUGGGACAGUUAUAUUUUGGAUAAUUUAGUAGAAGCAGCUCCGUGUCAAAUUGGAAUUUAUGACCUGAGGACCAAACGUCGUAUCACCAGCAGUGAGGGAUUCUGGGUAUCCCCUAAGGAACUCGAGGUUGCUAUCGAAGCUGUGACUUACCCAGACUUAUUACAGAGGAACGGACUCGUCAUCAACGGAAAGACUUACGACGUACGGCUGGCCGAUGGAAAAAAUGGAAUUUUUGCCCGGAAAGAAUUUGACGGCUGCACGGUGUGUAAAACCUUCACCUUACUGAUUAUUGCAAUCACGGACGAGCGAUAUGAAGCCAAAGUUUGUAAUGAACAGGUCAUGAAGCUUGGGGAUUUUCUGAGGAGAGGCGGGUUAUAAGUUGACAAAGUUUUAAAAUGGAAACUACCGAUGAAAUACUCAAAGAUUAAUGUGAUAAUCAUUUUUUGUUUCACCUUCCACCAUUAUAGUUUACAUUUAGCUGUUUCUGGAAUGAGUCAGUUGUGCAACAUGUUAUUACAGUAUUAAACAGUUUAGGUGCUUUCUUGUUGCAAACACUGCAACACAUUUGUGGAAUAUACAAGAUACCAAAAUAUUUGUUAGAAAAAGAUUUUUUUUACUGUACCAUUUCUUGUUUAAAUAUUUAUACAGGUUUGGUUCAUUGUCAAUGUUAUUUGACAAUAUCACU